AUGACUGGUGCUGACUUGGCCAACUUCGUCAACCAGGCUGCCCUCAGAGCAGCAGUAGAUGGCGCCACUGAAGUAGAUGUGUCUCACUUUGAUACAGCACUGGACAGAAUCAGAAUGGCAAACAGAGUCAAACUGCAUUCUCAUGAGGAAAAAUUGCUGACGGCUCACCACGAAGCUGGGCAUGUGCUGGUGGGGUUCUAUAGCAAGGGCAUUCAAAAGGUCCACAAAUUGACCAUACUGCCCCGGUCAUAUGGCUCUCUUGGACAUACUUCAUUUUACACAGAGAAAGAUGUGACCAGCCUAAACAGAGAACAGCUGCUAGGCAGACUGGACAUGCUGCUGGGGGGAAGGGCAGCCGAGGAGUUACUGGUUGGAUCUGGCAAAGUCACAACAGGUGCUUCAGCGGACUGUGACCGGGCCAGUCUCCUUGCCAAGUCCAUGGUUUCCAAAUGGGCCAUGUCAGAGAAGGUGGGUCUGCGCACGCUUAAAGAGGAUGAUGCUCUCAGCAAAGAACACAGGAAAGAGAUGGAUGAGGAAAUCAAGAAGAUGCUGCAGGAAUCCUAUGAACGAGCCAAGAAAACACUGACUGUGCACUAUAAAAAACAGAAAGCUCUAGCAGACGCUCUCUUAGAAAAUGAAACCUUAACUUACGAGGAGAUGGUUCAAGUCAUAAAUGGCAAAAAAAAUUCAACGUGUACCCAAAAGCACCAACUCCUCUUUCCUGCCUAA